CUGUCAAAAGCAGUCGGGCUCUGUCACAGGCAAGAAGAGUACGAACGGCUGCACUUCCUGCUGGUUGGCGGGCUUCGCAUGGCUCAGAGCGUCUUCCUUGGCGCGUACUUGAGAUCAGCGCGUCUAUCUCUUUCUCUAUUUACCUACUUACCUACCUGCCUAUCUCUAUCUAUAUAUGCAUAUAGCCUCUUUGUCUAGAUAUACCUGUCUCAUGUAUGUAUGUAUGUAUGUAUGUAUGUAUGUAUGUAUGUAUGUAUGUAUGUAUGUAUAUGUAUACAUAUAUAUGUAUGAGAUGCGCGUAUUAAUCUCAGAGGGCAAGAAAGAGAGUCUCCGUUUGGAUGGGCGUGUGAGAGGGAUGGCUGUUGCUUUGUAAUUCUCUGCGGCUGGAAAACUCCCUCAUUGUCCAAGUUUAGCGCCUUCCUGCCCCUCCCCUGCCACCGCCGCUCUCAGCCUUGGGGCUGACCGAGCCAGCCGGGGAUUUUGAACCGCGCCACCCCAAUGACUCUCCCGGAGAAACUUGGUGGGUCCGCUGCACUGCAGUGAAAGGGGGUCUGACUCGCGCUCUUUUUGUGGAAGUGGCCUCCGCUAAGUUGAGAUUCCGUUUGGUGGAGCGGGAGACCCGCCAUGGCCCAAGGCUCGGGGAAUCGAGAACCUCCGUCCGUGAUCGCUCCCAAGGGCGAGGAAGACGCGGAGAUGUCUUCGGAGCCCGGAGCCUUUGAGAUGUCCGCGGCGUCUCUAGGGAAGAGAAGGGAACGGAGGAGCGGAGUCUUGCUAGCCGGGACCGGCACCGUCGCCGCGGAGCGCUUUGCCAGCACCCUGGCAACCGACUCAGACUCCGGGCUCCUGGAAGCGGCCCGGGCGACCCCUCGGAGGAGCAGUAUUAUCAAGGAUCCUUCAAAAUGUGGACGCAAAAAAACAGUCUCCUUCAGCAGCAUGCCCUCAGAAAAAAAAAUAAGUAGUGCGAGUGACUGCAUUAGCUUCAUGCAAGCUGGUUGUGAACUGAAGAAAGUCCGGCAAAACUCUCGUAUUUAUAAUAGAUUUUUUACUCUUGACCCUGAUUUGCAGGCACUUCGCUGGGAACCCUCUAAAAAGGAUUCAGAAAAGGCAAAACUUGAUAUUUCUGCAAUUAAAGAGAUCAGAUUAGGGAAGAACACAGAAACAUUCAGAAACAAUGGACUUGCAGAUCAGAUUUCUGAAGACUGUGCCUUCUCCAUAAUUCAUGGAGAAAAUUAUGAAUCUCUAGACUUAGUUGCCAAUUCAGCAGAUGUGGCCAACAUUUGGGUGUCAGGUUUACAAUACCUGGUCUCUCGUACUAAGCAAUGUUUGGAUUUGAUAGAGAGUAGCCAAAAUACUCCACGGUUUGCUUGGCUUACAUCUGUAUUUGAAGCUGCAGAUAUUGAAGGCAAUGGGAUUAUGUUGGAGGACACAGUUGUAGAAUUAAUAAAACAGCUGAACCCGGCCUUAAAAGAGUCCAAAAUCAGAUUAAAAUUUAAGGAGAUUCAAAGGAGCAAAGAGAAACUAACAACUCGUGUAACAACAGAAGAAUUUUGUGAAGCAUACACAGAGCUUUGUACAAGACCUGAAGUUUAUUUUUUGCUAGUACAAAUAUCUAAAAACAAAGAGUAUGUAGAUGCCAAGGACCUCAUGCUUUUUUUAGAAGCUGAGCAAGGGGUUGCAGGUGUCACUGAGAACAUUUGCCUUGAUAUCAUUCGUAGAUAUGAAUUUUCACAGGAAGGGCAGUUGAAAGGUUUCCUUGCAAUCGAUGGAUUUACACAAUAUUUGUUGUCUCCAGAAUGUGAUAUUUUUGAUACCACACAUAUAAAAGUUGUUCAAGACAUGACCCAGUCUUUAUCACACUAUUAUAUUAACUCAUCUCACAAUACCUAUCUGAUAGAAGACCAGGUCCGAGGGCCAGCAGAUAUCAAUGGCUAUAUCAGGGCACUGAAGAUGAGCUGUAGAAGUAUCGAACUGGAUGUUUGUGAUGGGCCAGAUAACGAGCCCAUCAUUUGUAACUGUAAUAAUAGGGCAUCACCCUUGUCCUUUAAAUAUGUAAUUGAAGUAAUCAACAAAUUAGCCUUUGUUUCUUCAGAGUAUCCUCUUAUUCUCUGCUUGCAAAACCACUGCUCCAUACAGCAACAGAAAAUUAUGGCUGAACAAAUGAAGAAGACUUUUGGGACCAAACUCUACACAGAUGCACCACUACCAUCAGAAAUGUAUCUGCCAUCUCCAGAGAAACUGAAAAUGAAGAUUAUUAUCAAAGGAAAGAAACUGCCUUAUGGUAAGGAUUUAUUAGAAGGAGAAGUCACAGACGAAGAUGAAGAAGCUGAAAUAUCUCGCAAAAAGUCUGAAGAAUAUUUAGGGGACCCAAAAAUGUCCUGGCUAUGCAAAGAGCUUUCUGAUCUUGUAACUAUAUGUAAAUCAGUCCAAUUCAAGGAUUUUGAGAACUCAAUGAAAAAUCAGAAUUAUUGGGAAAUGUGUUCCUUCAGUGAAGGAGAAGCCAGUAAAAUUGCAAAUGAAUGUCCAGAAGACUUUGUCAAUUAUAAUAAGAGAUUUCUGUCUCGAAUAUAUCCAAGUGCCAUGAGAAUAGAUUCCAGUAAUGUAAACCCACAAGACUUUUGGAACUGUGGUUGCCAGAUAGUGGCAAUGAAUUAUCAAACACCUGGGCCAAUGAUGGAUUUACAUACUGGAUGGUUUCUACAGAAUGGGGGUUGUGGUUAUGUCCUUCGACCUUCUGUUAUGCGAGAAGAGGUGUCUUACUUCAGUGCAAACACAAAAGGCAUCGUCCCAGGGGCUUCCCCACAAGUUUUACAUGUCAAAAUCAUCAGUGGACAAAACUUUCCAAAACCCAAAGGAGCCUGUGCCAAAGGGGAUGUCAUAGAUCCUUAUGUGUGUCUAGAAAUCCAUGGCAUCCCCGCAGACUGUACAGAACAGAGGACUAAAACUGUUCAGCAGAACAGUGAUAAUCCUAUUUUUGACGAGAGUUUUGAGUUUGAGAUCAACUUGCCAGAGCUUGCCAUGAUCCGUUUUGUAGUCUUGGAUGAUGAUUAUAUUGGUGAUGAAUUCAUAGGCCAAUACACAAUCCCCCUGGAAUGUUUACAGUCAGGCUAUCGACACAUACCUCUGCGCUCCUUCGUAGGGGACAUCAUGGAGCAUGUUACACUUUUUGUGCACAUUGCAAUAACUAACCGGAGUGGUGGAGGGAAGCCCCAAAAGCGUAGCCUGACGGCUAGAAUGGGAAUGAAAACUAGAGACUACACUAUGCUGAGGAACACAAGCCUUAAGAUUAUAGAUGAUAUCUUUAAGCUAGCAGUACACCCAUUGAGAGAAGCAACUGACCUGAGGGAGAACAUGCAGAAUUCCAUUCUGUCUGUGAAAGAACUUUGUGGCCUCCCACCAAUUACCAGUCUGAAGCAAUGCAUUUUGACCUUGGUUUCACGGCUUGUGAACAGCGACAGUAUCCCUUCAGUGGUUCUCUGCAUGAAGGACAACUUUCCUUAUCUAGAACCAUUGGGAACUCUGACAGAUGUGCAGAAGAAGGUUCUAGCUGCUUAUGAUCAGAUGAUUCAAGAGAGCAAGUUUCUUGUAGAAACAGCAGAUACUGUUUAUGACAAAAUCAUUCAGUGUCAGAAAGCAGGAAUGGAGCUCCAUGAAGAACUACACAACUUAGGAACAAAGGAAGGCUUGAAAGGAAGAAAACUCAGCAAAGCAAUUGAGAGUUUUGCGUGGAAUAUCACUGUGCUAAAGAGUCACUGGUUUGAGAUGGGCAGCUAUACAAAUUGGAUGGAUGGAUGGAUGGAUGGAUGAAAUGAAAUAUUUACUCAACAAAAAUGGUGCAAAGGUUUUGUACAUUACCAGGUACAUUUAUCUCAGUGUGCUCCAGAGAAAGUCCUGUGAAAGUAAGGGAGAAAGCAUUUUGUGAAGACGCUUAUGGAAUACGCUCUGCUCUCAGAUAAGCUCUUUAAUAUUCUACUGGAAGGCCUGAUUAAUAGCUUCCAGGCUUACAUGGCAUCCCAUCAAAAGCUGACCUGACCUUUCCUGUGUUGAUUUGAUAUUUAUUUCUAGAGUCAGUGAUAACAAUAGUAACAGAAGGAAGUAAGCAGCAAUGUUAGAAGACAGAAAGAUAGAAAUGUGCUUUUUUUCCCUUUGUUCCAAAGCCUAUUUGUACAUGUGGGUCAGGAAAAUGAUUCUGUGCUCUCAGCUUAUUGCAGCAACUGACUGGUUUUCCAAGAAUGAUUUGGCACUACGUUAUUUCUAGUUAUUUUGUUUAAGGUAUUACUAGUUAUUUUGUUUAAGGUAUUGAUGUAAUUUCAUCAGCAUUUUUCUUUAAGUGGAUUUUGUUCAGAACCUAUUUUUCAUUGCCAGCAGAUGGCUUCUGAACAACCGUAUGGGCACAGAAAUGUUUACUUGCAGGUUCUUUCUAGCAGUCUGACAGUCUUGUCAUUCUCCUGGGCGGUGCUUCUCAAAACUGUUCUUUGCAGUCUCAUCUUGUUCAUAUGAAGCAACAGUGAGGGUUUCUUUUUCUUUUCUUUUUUUUAAAAAGGCCAAUACACUGUAAGGAAAAUGUAAAGUUUGCACAUGAGCUACAAUAUAAAUAAAUUGAUGUUAACGAGGUAACAAGUCGUAGUUUCCCGUGGGAAGGAAUAUCCUGCAUCAUUAUCUCCUCACCAUAGGAUACCACGGCUUGUUACAUAUUUGGGGCAGGUGGGAGACGGAGACAGAGACAAAGGGGAGUCUUUUCUCUGUUUCUUUUGUUGCUCUCAUACUGUUACUAAAAAGAGGGAAAGGAAAAUGGGAAUAUUUGGGGGCUAACUUGUGCCUAGAACUUCUUGUUCAUGGACAAGGGCAGUGAAGAGAGACUGGUAACAUUGCAAACCUUCUGACUUUCUUUCGUGAGCUUUGAGCAACAUUUUUUUUUUGUAUUUGUGAUUUGUGGGGAAAGGAUGCUCAGGAGACUUUCAUAAGGUAGGGUGAUUAUCUAGCAAAUCUAUAAUAAAGAACAUACAGACUCCAAAAUAAGAUUUAUUUGAGAAUUAGAAUAUUAACUAAUAUUCCCUUCAAAAAUUAAGUGUGUUGAGACUAUUGUCCUAAAUUCAGCUUGUGGUCACUUAAUCACACUCUCACAGUCCUGGAAAAUAGCCACACUUAAAUUAGGUAAAGGCUCCCUUCACACAUAUGUGCUUGUCAUUCCUGACUCUAGGGGAGCGGUGCUCAUCUCCAUUUCAAAGCAGAAGAGCCAACGCUGUCUGAAGACGUCUCUGUGGUCAUGGGGCCAGCAUGACUAAACACCAAAGGCGCAUGGAACUUUGUUACCUUCCCACCAAAAGUGGUCCCUAUUUUUCUACUUGAAUAUUUAUUACGAGCUUUCGAACUGCUAGGUUGGCAGAAGCUGGGACAAGUAACAGGAGCUCACCCCGUUACAAGGCACUAGGGAUUCGAACCGCUGAACUGCCGACCUUUUGAUCGACAAGCUCAGCAUCUUAGUCACUUCAGCUUCAGCUUCAGCCUAGUCUCAUAGUAUCUGAUCUCAUUCGGAGACACAGUAAAGUAUGAAGUACUCAAAAGAUAUAGGCCAAUUUGUCUUGAUGUCUGGAACUAGAACAAGAGUCAGAAAAAUAGAACUCAAUUUUCCUAUAAUAUAGUAUGACGAAAAGUCCACAAAUAGCUGUUCCUUCUUUUGUUCUUCACCAGAAUAUCCCAUUAUGCUAUUGUAUAUACCCAGGUUAGAGCUUUAUAUUAUGGAAAAACAUGCCUAAUUUCUUAGAAAUGGGGCAUGUAGGAGGAAUUGUGAUCCUUUAGAAACUGGCUUUUAAAAAAAAAAGUAUUCAUAUAACAAAAUGAGAUGAUAAACCUAGAUCUGGGAGCAUUCUUACAAAAGUUCAAACCAUUAUCUGGAGAAGGUUUUAUUCAAAGGAAAGGAUUAUUGUAAACAUGAUGUUGGUCAUUCCUAAAGGCAGUUGAUUGUGGAAGUAGAGGUAGGUAUAUAAAAGUUGAUGUUACUGGUUACUAGGCUGGGUUAACUACCUUACAAAAUACUGCCACACAACUAUUCAAGAGUAGAGACUGAAAAACAGUGCGAUGGAGGGAACCAUUAAAUAAAAGAUCUCCCUCAAUUCCCAGAAUGCUGUGAUUGAUGCAACCAACAGUGGCUCAAAUGUAAGGACUUGAGGACAGAUCUGUGUAUUACUGAAUCCUAUAUUCACCUUUUUACACAUUAUCUGAGCUUGCUCUUUCCUCUUUUCUCUCUCUGUAUGAAAACAGCUGCUAUAUCCCUUUGCCAUGCAGUGCAGAUCCGAAAAAAGAAGUCAGGAAUAGAGUUUCAUGGAAACACAAAAUGAGAACAGAGUUCAGAUGUGUCUGCCUUGCACAGAAUAAAUUAAAAAUUAAUCUGUAUUACCCUGCUCUACAUAAUGUUUUACAUUUCAGCAGACUCCGACGCAGAUCCUGACUAUAAACAUCACUCUAAGUACUACAGAUUACAGAAAAAUAAAUGUCUUUUGUCCCAGUGUAAAAAAUUGUACUACAUUUUAAAUUUGUUGCAAAAAGUAUAGCUCUACUAAUUUUAUAGUGUUCAAAGCAAAGAUGGAACAUUCCUUCUUGUUAGUGUUGUCCUUGACAAACAAGCAAACAAACACACAAACAAAUAAAUACUAUAUUUCAUAUGUAAUCCAUUCCAUCUGUUUAUCCAUGCUAUUUUGUUUUGUUCCACUUAGGAAAGUAUGAAAGAUUGGCAAACAUAAUUGCCAGUUAGUUUCACAAAUGUUUCUCAGGUAAUUUUAUGACACACUCUGUGGUUGGCAGCAUUGGAAAAGGAUGAUAUGCUAGAGCAGGGGUAUCAAACUCAAGGCCUGCAGGAUGAAUCUGGCCCACAGGGCACUUAAAUCUGGCCUCUGAAGCCGGCCUGGAAAUAGCAACGGAUCAGUCCGCGGUUCCCCAUUUUGGCUGGCAGAGUGCUGUAGGGGAUGUCUGUCCCGUCUCGUCCCCCCUGCUGGCCUGCGGAGGACAACUACAAUGCUGAUCUGGCCCUUGAAGAAAUCCAGUUUGACACCCCUGUGCUAGAGAAUCACUCUGACAAGAAGAGAAACCUAAUUUGCAAAUAUUAUAAUCAAUUGUUCAUAUGUGUAAUGACUAUUUAUAUGAUAUUCCAUCUAUUCUCUGAGGAUUAUGUUGCUGUUUUUUUAAAAAAAAUAUAACUAAAAAAAAUAGUUUUAUGGUUUCUUAAAGUUAGUGUUUAUCCUGGCAUAAGCUUUCAUAGACCAUAACCUAGUUUAUUGAAUGCAUAAAACUCACAAAAGUCAAUGUAAUGAUAAAUGGAUUAAUCUUCAGUGUUCCACAGCACUCUUGUUUUUAGUGCAAGAGAUUGAUCCUAUUACCCUUCUGGAAAGUAUUUGCAGGUUUUGUGUCAUUUCUGUACUCCUAUUUCUAUAGGGCUUACGAAGCAAUUUUGACAUUCACAUUGUAAAACUACUCUAAGAGUCAGAUGCAAAAGGUUGACGUAGUGAUUCUACCAAGACCUCAAGUUGAACAAAGGCUCUAUUGUGUCAUUAAGUCAUCCAGCAGAAUGGUUGAAUUAUUCCAGAUGUUGUCAAUUUAUGACGCAAUUCUCAUUGACACUGAUGUUCCCAGAUGCUUUUGUUCCCAAACAUUGUUGACUGGUGCUGUACCUUGCCAGCUACCAUUGUCUCUCUAAAGUUGUUUACCAGGAUGGGUGCAAUACUAUAGUGAAUGCAAAAUUAUUUGGCAUGAGUCAGUAGAUUAAAUCAUAGAUUAUCUUCCCAUGUCAAAUUGCACUGGGAGGCAAUUGAGGAUGAAUGGAAAGUAGAAAACAGAGAUUUGCACUGGAGGAAAUAUCAAUAUUAUGUUUCAUUUAUUUUUAAGGUGUUUAAACAUUUAUCAGUUCACACAUUAUGAAUAUGAGGAAUGUUUUGCAGAGGGAAAUGUUUUAGGUUUUAUAUUCAAUGGUCAUUUUACAUAUAUAUUUGUGAAUAUUGCAUGUUAAAAAUUCUUCAUUACACUUUAGUAAGGCUUAUUAAAAAUCCUUUUCGAUUUCAUCUUCUGAGCCUGUAAAGCAGGGGUGUCAAACCCGAUCGCAUUGCAGGCCAUAUUGUGACAUAUUCGGAUGUUUUUUGGCCUUUGCGGAACCUGGGUGGGCAUGACUUGAGCGGGCCAUAUCCAGCCCACGGGCCGCCAGUUUGACAGGCCUGCUGAGAACUCUCCGAAGAAUGAAUUUUCUGUCUGUGAAGAUGCUUACAAACUUUAUGCUGACAUGAUUUUCUCCUUGGAUUUUGGAAUUUCAAGCAAUAUGAUUUCCCCUCCAAACCAAUACCCUGCUUCCCCCCAAAUAAAACAUCCCCUGAUAAUAAGCCUAAUCAGGCUUUUGAGCGCAUGGCAAUAAGGCCAAGCGCUUAUUUCAGGGUUCCAAAAAAUAUAAGACAGGGUAUUAUUUUUGGGGAAACACAGUACCAAUGCAUAACUUGCUUGCUGUUUUUCUGGUUUUGAACUACAGGUAGUCUUCAACUUACAACUGUUCUUUUAAUGACCAUUCAAAGUUACAAGGGCCCUAAAAAAAGAAAUUUACAACUAUUUUUUACAUUUACAAUGGUUGCAGCGCCCCCAUGAUCAAAAUUCAGUCACUUGGCAAUUGGCAUGUAUUUAUGACAUUUGCAGUGUUCUGGGAUCAUGUGAUCACUUUUUGUGACCUUCUAACAUGCAAAGUCAAUGGGAAAGCCAGAUUCAUUUAACUACUUUGUUACCAACUUAACAGCUGUAGUAAUUCACUUAACAACUGUGGAGAAAAAGGUCAUAAAAUGGGGACAAUUUAGCAAUGGAAAUUUUGGGCUAAAUUAUGGUUGUAAGUUGAGGACUACCUGUACAGAUUCACCAUUAUUUUCAGUAUUUAUUUUUUCUAACUGGUACUCCAGUGAGUACGUCUUCUGAAUAAAUCAUAGCACAGAAAGGAAUAUGGGUGAAAGGAUGUAUCUGGUUUCCCUCAAACAGUCCAAGCUUACCUAAAGUGUUUGUAGAGUUGCCUCAGUUGGCUGCAUAUCCAUACCAAGCACAUGCCACAUUUCUGCUCCUUCCCAAGGCCUUAUAUGGACAAUGGUUUUCAUGUGUAUUGGUAUGCACAAAGGGCCUCUCCGUGGUGGAAACCUUGUCCUACUUAGAUUUUUCCUCAUGAAUGUUAUACCUCUUGGUGUCCUUGCCAUAAGGACGGAUAUUGCCAUGCUCCCCCAUGUGAUUGUACUAUUGCACCAUGAUUUCUUUUCUGUACUAUGAUUUACUAGACAAGCUGAGGCCAUGAUACCUGUCCAUCAGUAUGUACUAUCAGAACAAACUACUGUGUAUAUAUGCCAGUCUCCCCAAAUUAAUUUUAGAAAUUCAGCAGCUUAGAACCAAAAUAAAUAGAAAAGGAAUGCAAACCAAAGCUUUUUUUUUUUGUCAAUAGGUUCAGGUCUGAUAUCUCUCUAACUGACCUGUGAAAACAUUUCUAGAACAGGGAUGGCUAGCUCAAUGGGUCCAUGAUUAACUAUUCUCUACUUUGAACUAUUUCUUGAUUGGUUCAAAACAUUUUAUAAAAAUCUGCUGUCGGUAGAAUUUCCCACCUAAACCAAGCUAUCCUGGCUGUAGUAGUGCUGUUUCCAAAAAAUGUAAAGAUCCGUUGUCAUCCCUGACGUAGUGAUUCCCAGAGGUUCUGAGUGACUGAUAUGCUAAAUCAGAUUGCCUGCCCAGCUUCAUCCUGGCCUGGGAAGACCCUGGUGUCAUCUCAAAAGGAAUUGCUAUCAUGAAGCAGCUGCCUCUCAAAGCAGGCCUCAGAUCAGAUGCAUACAGGGCCACUUUGUUCUCUGUCCAAAACACUGUCACUGCAAGGGAAGGAAAGCCAGAUACGAACGCUUUAUUGUUUACGGCUUUGUAUUUUAUUUUGUUUCCCUAUAUUUCUUGUAUAU